AUGACUCUAUGUUUCUGGCUCCAGAUAUUGGUGAUUUCCAGUAGUGACCAUUCUUCUAGCUCUUCUGAGGAAGAUUCCAAGACUCCUAGGCCAGAGAUGAAAAUUUCUGCAGCAGAGGCGCGUGCCAAAAUGGAUCUGUCGGAUGCUAAGGAGAUGAUAAAUGGCAUGCCUCUCGAUCGUCUGAAGGCUUUUCGUGAUGCAUUUUUGAAGAGAGAAUCUGAGGAUGAAAAGCUGGCAACUUAUCAACAGAAACGGCGCCGACUUCAGCAGACAAGGCUAUCAGCUGAGGAUGAAACUUGGUCUCGCGCUAAUGGUGUGGCGUCAGAUUCAAAUGAGAAAGAAGUUGAAUUUGUCUGGGAACCUGUUGAACGCGAGGUUAAGCCAUAUCCACCUAGUAUGAGAGUUGAGCGAUUGGCUAGAGCGGAUUUCCGGUCCGAAUGUGAAGAAGACGAAUAUUUUGACGUAAUGUAUGGCGACCCCGAAGACCAAUUGGAAGAAGUCCCCAGUGAGGGUUCUGAUGAUGACUCUAAAGAAGAGCUUGAAGAAAAUUCCAUGAAAGAUAACGAUCGUGAGUCGGAUGAUGAAUCUGACGACUCUGAUGAUUAG